AUGUUCAAUAAAUUUUUGAAGCAAGUGAGAUAAUAUCAAUUAAAAUAAAUUAUAGGUUAAGGAUCUUUCGCAACAGUAUAUUUAGGAGUUAAUGAAGAAAAUUAGUAAUGCGCUGUAAAAGAAAUAAAACUUGAUUUUAUGGAUGAAUCAGAAGAAUCUUAAAAAUUAAUGAAAUAUUUUGAUUAAGAAAUAGAGAUAUAUUAGAAAACGAAACAUAAUAAUUUAGUUUGUAUGAUAGAGGAAUUCACUGAAGGAGAUUCCCGUUAUUGCAUAUUUGAAUAUUGUAGUAAAGGAGAUUUAAAUAAUUUUACUAAGCGAAAUAUCCUUAAUGAAGAGGAAGCAAAGAUAAUAUUUACUCAAAUUUUAGCAGGAAUGAAAUAUCUAUUUGAAAAAGGGAUUGUACAUAGAGAUUUGAAAUUAGAUAACAUAUUAAUAGAUGAAGAAAAUAUUAUAAAAAUAGCUGACUUUGGAUUUGCUAAAUUUUAUCAAUAAAAUGAUAUAUUUAGUUCUUAUUGUGGAACUCCAGCAACAAUGGCUCCAGAAAUAUUAAAGUAUUUUAAUUUUUAAAUUUAAUAGUUAGUAAUAGUAUGAUUUUAAAUGUGAUAUUUGGUCUUUAGGAGUGAUUUUAUAUUAUAUGAUUUUUAAGAAGUAUCAUUGGAGAGGAAAUGUUAGGAGUUUAAUUGAUUUAUAGAGAUAAUACUUAAAUUUUACAGUUAGAUUUGAUAGUUCAAUUUAAUUAUCAAAAGAUGGAGAAGACAUUAUAAGUAGAAUGCUGACUAGUGAUAAAGAGAAAAGAAUUAAUUAUGAAGAAUUAUUUACUCAUCCAUGGUUAGAAGGAAAACUAGAUUAAAAAUAAAAUUUAUUAGAAUCACAAUGCUUUAUUUAAAAAAAAUUAAAUACAAUAUCACAAGGUUAAAGAAUAGGAAAUAUUGUUAUAUAAUAAAGAAAACUGAAAGGAAAAUUUUGUACCAUUCUUGAUUAAUUCAUAAAGGACUGUAAGAAUGAAGUUAUAAAGUAAAAAUUCUUCGAUUUCAAAAAAUAAAUUAAUUCUUAAAAAUUUAAUGUAAUAAAUAAUAAAUGAUUUAAGAUUACUAUUAAAUCUAAUGAUUUUAUUGAUUAACCUGAUUUCAAAUUAUUUUGUUACAGAUAUGAACUAUAUGAGAUUUUACAAUAUCUUUAUCUUUAAUUCAAGUUAGAUUUUGUAGAAACUGCUUAAAAAGAACUAGAAUUAAUUUAAUUUAUAGAAAAAAAUCCAUUGUCUAAUGGACUAACCUUCACUUUUGAAGAAUUAAAUUCUAGAGAAUAAAUUGACAAUAUUAGAAAAUCAAUAAUUGAAGAAGAAUUAGAUAAUUUUGAAGAAGAUGAUACAAAUUGGAGUAUUGAUAUAAGAGAAACUAAAGAAACUAAAUUGAAAUUAAUUUAGUUUAUAUGUGAAGAUAGGGUCUCUUUGAGCAAAUUAAGUUAACUGUAAAAAACUCAUGUUAGUAAAUCUAAUAAUAUAUUAAAUAAAAAUUGA